GACUCUGUCGUUUUCCUGCCCCAGACACGACGCAACAGCUGAAGGCCUUGUCCUGAAAUUAAAAAUCUGACGCAGCAACAAAAAAAAAAAACUCCACCGAAAAAUGAAGAGAAGAGAUCGGUGGGAAACACACUCUGCCUGACAAAGGGUUAUGGUGACGUCACAGUGAUAAAAUGUCUUGUAAAAAGUCAAAGUUGGGGUUGAGGUCGCCUCCAGAAGACGAGGAGGAGUACGUCACCCCAGGAGGAUACGAGCUGGAGAAGAUCUUGAACCGCGGCUCUGUGGCCUACACCCACGUCAAUGAAGUCUGGGACAAUGUUUAUAUAGGAGACGAGGAGACAGCGAGGGACAAGUACAAGCUGAAGGCGCUCGGGAUCACUCACAUUCUGAACGCGGCCGAGGGGACGUGGAACAGCGUGGACACAGGAGCCGGUUACUAUAGCGAUAUGGACAUUGUUUAUUAUGGUGUGGUCGCCGAGGACACCACGACCUUUGACCUGAGCCAGUACUUCCACUCAGCGGCCAGUUUCAUCGACAAAACUCUGAGUAACCCACAAAAUAAGCUGCUGGUGCACUGUGUAAUGGGCAGGAGCCGAUCGGCCACUCUGUUUCUGGCUUACCUCAUGAUCUGCAGGAACAUGACAGUGGUUGACGCCAUAGAAACAGUGAAAAAACGCAGACGCAUUAUUCCCAACUGGGGCUUCCUCAAACAGCUGAGAGAACUGGAUAUGCAGCUACAAGAGAAGAGACUGGAGCAAACAGGACAGCCAUAACAAACCGUAUGGCACAGGGAGUGAAUGGGGAAGGUUAGCUGUUCAUCAUAUUAACUGAAAUAUAAUAGAAAAAUAGGUUUAAGUCACAUUUUUCUUAAAGCCAGAUCAUGUUUUUGUUUUUGAUUUUUUUAUAAUUUCAUGUAAACAUAGUAUCUUUAUAUGGCUGAAGAGGUAACUAAAAUCAUCUGCUUCUUUGCUAUUGGUUAAAUCCACCUGUCAAUCACUCACUGAGUAUUGCUGAGGCUGACCAAUAGGGAGAGUGAGUGAGAAAAACUGUUGUUGUUUGUUUCAUCAUACAGAUAUUUUGUUCUUAAAAUGCAAUAGUACGUGGCAUUUCUAGUGGAGGGCUCAAUGUUAUUACUUUGCCUGAAAUAUUCGACAGUAUGGUAUUAAACUUUAUCUCCAUGGAGACAAGCGGGCGAUGAUACCAGGCCAAGUUACAGGUCAAAUCCGUGGAGAAGAGACCCUGAUCGUGUGUGUUUUUCAAAUGGUAAACGCUCACUCACAUUUUUAUAUAACGUUUUUCCACCUUAAAGUUAAUCAAAGCGCUUUACACCAAGGAACCACUCACCCAUUUACACACAUAGCAGUGUUCAUCCAUGGGAGCUGGAAUCGCACCGCCAACCUGUGGGUCAGUGGAUUUCACCGCUCAACCAAUGAUGUUUAUGUCAAGAGCGGGACUCGAACUGGCAAACUUCAGAUCAGUGGACAAACACUCUCCAAACUGAACUACUGUCAAGGCAUUUUUAAGCUAUAAAACACCUGUAACAGAUCCCAAAUAAGCCAUACUGUGGGAUUUUCCAAGCAAAACGAUGACAUCUCCAUGGAGACACGAGCGUAGUUACAUAACGCAUCUUUACGUUUUGAUAAAUAAGUAACUUGUGUAACCAUUUUGAAUUGUUCUGUAUGUGUAUCUUGCGUCAGAUCGGUGCUGAUGUUCCACUGUCAACACUGUGUUCAAAGAAGAGGAAUCAGAUCCAUGGUCAAUCAUAAUUUAUUCUUAUGCUAAAAUGUACAGCAUUUAUGUGACUGACAAAAGGAGAAAAGUCAUAAAUACAAGUCCUUUCUUUGCACAAACCCAGGAUGUUCCCGCCUCCUGUCCUCCGCUCCCUGUACAAGUACAAAGGCUACAAAAGAGCAGGGUUCUUAUUAGAAACAGAAACACAGGGACAAGCUGCGUUUUACAUGCAAAUCCGUUAGCUUAGUUUGGUCUAUUCACAGGCCUCUACUCUUCGAUAAAAUAUAAACAUUUUAUAAAGAUAGAAAACAAAUCUACAGAUGGAAUGAAGGCAUUAUGCAAAAUAUCGACUUUGGGGUAGAUAUACUUUGAAAUUCUGCCACACGGUUUUAAGAGUACAAACACUGCGAUAUGCUUUAGACAUAUUUAUUCAACAGGAAGCUGCCUCUGUUACAAAAAGACUUCAGUUUUAUACACAUAGCGAUAAAACUUCUCAAACUGAACAAAACAGGACUAAGUUUACAUUUUAUACAUUUUUAGAAUUAACAAAAUAUAGUUUAAUCUUUCAUCCCCGUGAUAGAGAUAACCUAAUAAAAGGCCAGAUACUCUUUAAAAUGGCUUGCUAUCAGCACAACACUUGUACUACUCAAUGCACUGCCACUAACAUAGACUGAAGCAUGCUAGUCACUUUACAAAAUAGGUACAAUAAUUUAAAUAUACAAAGGCAUGAGUAUAGUACAAACAGGACACGGGGCACACAGCCAUAAGACCAGGCACAUUUCAUGGCUUCUUCAUAGGCUGCUACUGAACCCCCCUAUGGCUAUGUCCACACUAAUGAACUUUAACAUUUACAAAAAUAAACUUUUCUUCUUUUUUUUUUUCAUUUUGAUUUGAAAAAUUCAGGGUUGUCAUAUUGCACUUUGAUCACAUGAUUGCAGAUUAAAGUGAUUGGUAAAGCU